AGGAAGCCGCCAUUUGCAAAAUGAGGUGCGAGCGGUGCGAGAAAAUAUCGAUGUCUCGAGACUGCUCGAUUCGAUAUCUCGAUACUUAUCGAGCUAUCGCUAUUGCACUAUGAUAUAAAAACUUGUAUAGAUUUUGACUGUUUAUCUUAUCAUGAUAAAUGAUUUACUGUUGCUAUUGAUGAUCCCGAUGAGAUAAAGCGUGUCAGCCGAAUAUUUUUUAUCAGUUUACACUACGAUACCCGGCGACACGUAAUAUUCUAUUUCUAUUUGAGUAAUAUUAUAAAUAACGUCCUGAGUUUCAAAUCUUGUGAAAAUUUAAGGUUAUUGUUUAUUAUGAAAUGUAAAUUGUUCUCGAUGAGAAAAUGCAAAAAGAAUGAAAGUGCGCCUGAUUAUAUAUUAAGUGAAUUAUCUUUGUAGUUUAAACUGCUCAUACAUUGAUUUUAAAACAAAAACACGUGGCAAAAAAAAUCCAUCUCGAUAUGUUAGAAAAAGUAAUAACGUACCAUCAACAUCUACGGUAUUAAACAAGAUGCCGCAUUGAUGUGGAAAGAGAAAGAUAUUGCUACUGUCGUUGAAUCCAAUCUUUUCUAAUUAUCGUAUAAGUUCGAAAAAAAAAAAAAAAUGGUUAAGCGACAAAUGCCACACCCGUUGCACUCAAGCCUGGAAAACGUCGCUGCAUCAAGCUCGAUUAGGCGAGAAAUGCGUCAAACACCAAGGAUCAUAAAGAGGUCUGCCUCCGUUGGCAGGAAAUCGAUAAGAUCUAGAAAUCUUUCACCGAGGGAACAAAACAUUCGUCUUCGCAGGACAACUUCGUUUGAAUCUGUCAAUGUAUCACAAUGUGUCAUAUGCAAGAGUAUGGUAAAUUCACCUAGAAUGAUGACAUGUCGGCACACUUUCUGCCUGCAAUGUUUCAAAAAUCGUUUUAUAUUAUCACGCAAAAAAGAUGGUAGUUCUAUUUGUCCUGUAUGCAAUGUAGCAGUGAUAGAUAAGAAAGAAUUGAAAAGUUCAGUGAGCUUUGCGCCUUUACCACCAAAAAUACGUGACGAGAGAUGCCGUACCUGCGGUGAAAUUUGCAAGAAUAUAAACAAAUGUAAACAUUGUAAACGUAGAUUCUGUGAUGACUGCUGGAUAAGUCAUAUGAAUGAUUUGAAAGAUGAACUAGGUAAUAUAUGUGGAGAUCUUGAAACAUCAUCAACAAGAUUUGAAGAUAAAAUAAAUAGUUUUCAGAGCAAAGCAAAUGAAACGAUGGAAUUCAUUAACAGAGAUAUUGACGCUAAAAUAACUGAACUUAAUAAAAAAAGAGACAAUCGGAUUAAAAAGGUAGAACAUAUAAUUGCUACGGGAGAAGUAUCAGUUGACGAUAUUAGACAAAGGAUGCAGAAAACUCAUACAGAGAUAAAAGAACAAAAAGACGUGUCGUAUGAUACAUUACCUGAUAACGAGGAAAAGGUGAAAACGUUUUUGGAUUUGCAACAAAAGGCCGCGGAAGUAAUGGCAGCAGUUGCCAUUUGGGAAUUGGAAUUGAAUGACGUUGAAGCGGAACUAGGAAAAGUUAAUAAAUACGGGAAAUCAUCUAUAAAAGAAAAGACUGGUCCUUCAUACAAGCGGAAAAAUUUUACACCCAAAAUUAUUGUGACCCGUGACAUGGUGCAGCGGCCAUCGGCACUCGCCAUUGAUUCCUGGAGGGAUAACAUUAUCACAACCUGCCCGGGAUCAGGACAAAUUGUCAUUUUCGACAGGAAAUUCAAACUUGUGCGGAGAAUUCGUCACCAGGAAAUGAUGGCACCUCAAGGAGUUGCCUUCCUGCAGGAACAUGAUGAAAUAUACGUGACAGAUAAAUGGAAGCACUGCAUUUUUGUGUUCAAUCACAAGGGCGAACUCGUUCAUUGCAUGUGCAAUAAAGGUUUCGGAGAAUCGGAGUUGUGUUCACCGGAAGGAAUCGCGUUUCAUCCGGAACGUAGCGUGCUUUACGUUGCUGAUACUGGGAACAAUCGUGUCCAGAUUCUUGAGAAGAAUGGCACGUACUUGGACAGCAUCGGGCCGAAGAGUAAAAAUAAAACGGGCACAGUUAGAUUUCGUAAAACUGGCCCAGUCGCAAGCCAACUGAAUCAACCGACCGACGUAGCUGUUACAAUAACGCGCGUCGCCAUUGCCGAUUCCGGCAAUCACAAAGUAAAGAUAUUUAAUCAUGAUGGACAACUUCUUCAGUCGAUCGGUGGCAUCGGCACAGCAAAGGGUUUAUUUAGAUCACCUGAGGUACUGAAGAUCGACGAAAAGGGAUACAUCAUUGUCGGUGAUGCCGGAAAUGGGAGAGUGCAGAUUUUUACUCCGGAAGGCGAAUUCCUACGAGUGUUAGGUGCCAAAAAGACGAAAGGACAUAAGUUUGCAUGGGUAUCUGGUUUGUUAGUGACUAGUAAUUAUGAUAUUUUAGUUUCUGAUAGCAAGAAUAAUUUUAUAUAUUUGUUUUAAUAUCAUAUGAUAUAUUGAGAGUAUUUAAUUGAAAAAGACACACUCGAGUCAAUCCAUUUUCGAUUUUGAUAAACUUUAAAUAUUACAGGUAAAAAUAACAGACCGGCAUUUUUAUUUUAAUUUUUUAAAAAUAUUUUUUAAAAUUCUUUUGUCAAUAUUUUAUAAUUUUUUUUUAUAAUUGCACAAUUAUCGAGAUUUUGAAUACGCGAUUUAAAAAAUCAAUAUGGUUUGCGGUUCAACAGAUAAGAAUAUAAAAUACAGGAUGCGAUGUUUGUUUUUCCCAAACCGCACUCCCAAUCGCAGAUCAAACAUAUUCGCGGUAGCGUGAGGCGCCGUUCUCGUCUGCCCGUUUGACCAAUAAAUAAUUUGGCAAACAAAUUGAUCCCCAAGGACUAUAAACAGAUACUUAGAGGCACACGAUCUUGCCGUACGGUGAAUUAAAUGUCCUCGCGCGAGUACGAGCACAAACCGAAAUAUUGGACAACAGGAAAUCGUCCGGCCAGAGACCCCUACUGUGAGAACCGAAGUGGGCCCUGCGGCGUGAAAUCUCUAUUAUUCCAGGGGUCGGAGAGCGGUUCGAGUGCGUUCCAAACCGUUCGAUGGACACGCGUGUGCGUGCCAAGGGGGAUGCAUUGGCGUUGACAAGGGAGCGGGGUAGUCGGCUGGUCCUCGCCCCUCGAAAAUAAUGUAAUCGCGAAUUAAAUGUUUGCUUGGAUAUCGUCGAUCUCGAACCGGGCCUCUCUUGUCCAAGAAGGAAAUGAAGUGGAUUUGACUCCGACAACUUCGCGAUCAUCAUACAGAUUUCUAUUCCACGAUAUACUAUUAGAUAACACAUAAAUUGAAAUGUGUUGAUUGAUCUUUAAGAUAAUUCGUUUUUAUACCUUUGCCUUCAAAUUCUGUUACUUUGAUGCCACUGUAACAUUUUUUGUAUGCCCGAAUUUACUUAACUACUCAACAUAUAAAUAUCGUCCGGUUAUUUAUUAUUUAAUUUAUUCAGAUAUAUGCGAAUUGCGAUUUACAUUGAGUUGAUACACGUGCGAGCGACGUAGAAGGGAAAAAGGUAGCGAGAGAUAGAUCAGUAGAUCUUGAAACCCUACCCUCCUCGCCCCUCCGUGCUUUCCCUUAAGCGAACGCGACAAAUUGAGAUAAAUCAUGGUUUGUGGGGAUACAAAGCUCACUUGAAAUUUGUCAUGGUGAUACUCGAAACGGCACGCUUCCAAGCAGUCGCGAACCAAUAAACGAGUGAAACGAUACGCACUCAAGUUACAUCUGGUACGGUUUCACAUAAACGAUUCGGUAAAGCGCAACAAAAAAAUUUUCCUUAAAAUUUAAAACUACAUUUUAUUUAUAUAGAUUUACGAAUUUAUAUAAAUUUAAUAUAGGCACGCUCGAACGAUCGUCUUGUUUGUCGAAAUAAGUCGACAUGUCCGUUAUAAAAAAUUGAAAGAAUUAAAAAUUAAUUUUUUUUAAGUGUUAGAAAUCUUAUUUAAAAAAUAACGUGUAACAUAAUGUAAUAUAAUUUGUCAUUUCGAGUUCUCUGCCGUAUUUUUUGGAUACUGUUCUUCGCCGCAGAUACGCUGAAACAUGUAACACGAAUGCGGUCGUUGAAAGAUCAAUCUUGCGUGGCGAUGGGUUUUCAUAUAAACGCCGUGUUUUCACAGGUCUAAUACCAAUUAUAUAUCAACGGAUCGUCGUCAUUCGGCAAGCCCGUCAAUAAUAAUCCGGCGGUACCUCUCCAACGAGGAUCGACCGCGAACCGCCCUCUCGUCCCCGAACUCGUUUCAGCGGGGACAAAACUUUGUCUUGUCCGCGUGUAGUAGUUGGUACAACCCCGGCGAACCACCAUUGUGAUCGUAUUAACACCUCGCAUAAUUGCACCGCCGCGCUUCUAUCGUCGCGCGUGCACUAAACAUGGCUCAUUUGAAUAUUGGCCCAUUCAUACUAUUGAGAAGGCCAAUAAUCGCGCCCUUAAAAGAGACACCGCAAUCGAGCCUGCCGACCUCGGCUCCCGCUACUCUCUAGAUAUUAUCCUAGACGACGUUUUCUCAGGCUGUCAUAAACGAGACGAACAGUUUUGACAAGCGCAAAUCAUAUGACUUAUCGUAUCUGUCGUAUUUAAAUUAUAGCAUUUGUACAUUUGGAAAAAUAGGAAGAGAAACAACAUGCCGAAAAAAAUGAUGAAAGAAAGAAUGAAUUUAUGGCGGAUGAACAUUGAUUGUAAUUAGGAUAGAUGAACUAAUUUAUAUCAAUCUAUUUAAUCGCAACAUAUUUGUUUUUAUUCUAAUAUAGAUUAAUAAUACAGAAAAUUUCGUGAUAAUCUCUUUUCUUUAGCUUCUGUAGCAAAAUCUUUGUAAACUUUUCUUAAUAUUAGUUUUCCCUAAUGUUAAGAAAAGUUUAGAAAGAUUUUUCUUAUAUCAAAUAUCGAACGCAAACAUUUAAUGUUUUAUACUAAAAUAGAAAUUGAUUCAAUAAAAAUUCUAAAAAAUUCUAAAAAAAUUCAAAAUCAUUAUCGUUUAAACAUAAAAAAGUAUUCAAAACUAUGUGCAACAAAUAGAAAGAAAAAAAAUUAAAUGCUGUUGGAGAAACACAAAAAUAAUUGUGCAAAAACAAACACGCGAUAAUUGCAAUUAAGCAAGGAUGUGUUUGAUUAUGAUUAUGUACUGUGAAUUUAUAAUUGUUCCAGAUGUGGUUAGUAGGUCAGUGGUUCUUUAAUUCAUACAUUUUAUAUUACACAAUCUAUAACUUGAAAAAACUUACAAAUACUUCACAUAUACUUCAUUCUAAAGAUCUGAAAAGUUGCAAUAAAUUAAAAUAAAUAAAUAAAUAAGAAUUAAAAACUUAACUUGUUCAGUUUGAGAUUCACGUAUUUCUAUAAAUGUAUAUUAUUUCAAUCUGAUAAUUUAAAAAUGAAGAAAUAUAGAUAAUAUGAAAAAAAUAUUCACAAGUUGUAAUUUUAACAAUCUAAUAAACUGCUAUAAUAUUUCUCUUAACAUUUUUUUCUUGUAGUCACUUGAAAUAUAAAUGUUACAUAUAAUAACUCAGAAUAUUUAACUGAAAUAGAGAAGAAAGAGAGAGAGAGAGGGAAAGACAAAGAGUUUAGGCCAAAGAGAAAGAAGAGAGAAAGAGAGAAGAAGUAGGAAAGAAAAUUAUUUUCAAUCAAAAGAACGCUCGCAAUAUUUCAUCCAUGCUUGGCGAAAUUGAAAAACUGUUCCGCCACCCCUUGCCACGCUUACCUCCCUCUGUGUUCCCUGUGAAUAAAUCCGCCCCCGCGUCUGCUGUUGAGAUGACGGCGGGUAGCCGGUGGGUGGGGACGAAUAAAAUUUCCACGGGGGUGCGUCCUCUCGUCCCAGCCCGAUAAAACCCUCGUUGGAUCGUCCGCCCGCCAAUCCCGUGCGCGUCUGAUAGUCAGGUCCAACACGCGUCUCGGCUCGCCAUUGGCCGCAAGCCCGCCCAGGGGUUGGUAUCGAUCAUCCCUCACGCGAGCCCGAGGCUUUUCAUAUAUAAAGCGGCCUCCCCAGGGACAUCGUCGAUAGUUGAAAUUCGCGUAUUCUCCGUACACGAACACUUCCGUUUGAGUAAUCGAUCAAUUGAUUAAUCGUAGCCAGAUCAAUAGGCAGAUCGAGGAAUUGGCGCAACAGUUUGUGCGCGAGUCAGCAUGCUAUGAAAAAAUUUCAAAUUUUC